CAGGAAUCAAUUUUCUUGUGAAUCUCAAUCAAGUUUCUGUUUUUAAUCCAAACCCACUUUUCUUUUCCAUCUUUCUCAAAAGGGUUUGCUUCAGAUUCUUCUGGGUCGCCGGAAUCCAUGGCGGUUCACGCUCAACUCUACUCUGAAAAUCAUGGGUUCCCCUUCGCCGGCGGGUUGACCGACGUUGUCGGUCAGUUCUGCUUCCAGAAACCGACGCAGAUGACCCCAACUGAGUUAUUCAACGGCGACGGUGGAGAUGGAGGUGGCUCUGUUUUUUCCUUCUCGAAGAACCCCCACCGGAUGGGCGGUGGCGCGGCGGCGUUUUCUCAGUGUAUGAGUGCCCAUGUUGAAAAACAGAGACAAGAGAUCGACCAUUGUAUUAGAUUACAGAAUGAGAGGUUGAGAACGGCGUUGAGAGAGCAAGGGAAGCAACAGAUUUCGACAUUGAUGAAGAAAAUCGAAGCGAAAACAGAGGUUUUGUUGAGGCAAAAAGAGGAAGAGAUUGUGAAAGCUUCAAAGAAAACAAUGGAACUCGAGAUUUUCCUGAGAAAAUUAGAAACAGAGAAUCAAAUUUGGAAGAGAAUUGCUGAAGAAAACGAAGCCAUGGCUAUGUCAUUAACCAACAAAUUGGAUCAAAUGAGAGAAAACAUAGCCACAAAUUCCUCCGACGAUGCGGAAUCUUGUUGCGCCGAUGACGACGAAACUCCGGCGAGAAACAGAGCAUGCUCUGUUUCAGAACAUGGAACAAAACAGAGCAAGACGAUGAUGAUGAUUUGCAGAGGAUGUAAUUUUAGGAAUUCGACAGUGAUUUUGUUGCCUUGUCGGCAUCUUUGUUGUUGUAAACAUUGUGAAUCUGUGUUGGAUUCGUGUCCAGUUUGCAGAACGGGGAAGAAAGCAAGCAUUGAAGCUUUGAUUUCCUGAGAAACCCAGAAUUUUCUUUUCCCGGAAAGUGAUAGAAAAUCAUGAACAGAACAGCACAGUUCUUCAACAUUUUCUUCGUUUUUUUACAGUUUUUUUAUAUUUUGGAUCGAAAAUUUGUACUUCGAAGCUACCAAACAACGAAGUGGGGAAGAUUUUUAAAGAA